AUGGCGAAGCGAGAAACAGCAGAGCAAAGGUCUGUUACUUUUACUAAAAGACGUCAAGGUCUUUUCAACAAAGCAGCAGAUUUGUGCAGGAUUUGUGAUGCUCAAAUUGCCAUUAUGGUCUCUUCAACUGGGUCCAAAGAAAAAGUUUAUACCUUUGGCCACUCUUCCAUUGAUGCUGUCUUCGACAGGUUCCUCGACAGUUUUACAGCAGCCCCGGAAGCGGUAGCAUACGAAGCAGGAAUCAAGUCAGCCAGCAACUCCCUCUAUGAAGAAAUCAAGGCAUUGGAGGGUGAUGUUAAUACUCUAAUGCAAAACAAGAAGAGAAACGUUGGAGGGUUUUUAUGGGAUUCUUUAGAGGAGAUUGAGCAGUCUAGUACUUCAGUUGAGGAGUUACAGGAUGUUGUAGAUAUCCUGGAAAGUUUGUUGGGUCAUGCCAAGAAUAAGCUGAUGAAUAACGCAACUGAGAAUGUUGUUAUAAGCAUAGCUGUUGAGCCAAAGCCUGAUGAUUUUUUGGCUUUAGAGCCUAAACCGCGAGAUGAUUCUUCAUCUAGCUUGGGUGGUGAUCAAAUCGGUCAGAAUUCUGCCAUUGUAGGAGAUAAUGGUGCUAAUUAUUCUGAUUCAUAUUGGAAUGCUGAUGGUUCAACUACUGAUAGUGGUAUGGAAUUUCCAGUCGAAGUCGAUGUGGAUCUUAUAUGGAAUCUCCUUGAGUCUUCUGAUUUCAGCUCGUGUUCUGAUAAAGUUAUUUCCAUUAACAACAGUAGUGACUGCACCUUCAGGGACUGCCUCUGA